AUGUAUCUAUCUCUCUACCUAUCUAUCUACAUACAUCUAUCUAUCUAUCUAUCUAUCUAUCUAUCUAUCUAUCUGACUGUCGCUAUACUUUUCUUUUCUAUCUUUAAAAUCUGCAAUAGUUCCUUUCACUUUUCUUUUUCUCUACAUUUUCUUAUAUUUCCCUCUCUUUCUUGCAUUUUUUUUCCUUUAUUCUUCACUUUCCUCUUUAACUAUAUAUUAUAUUUCUUUUUUCGUUCCGCUUUGCCCAUAUAUUUUUAUAUGUCAAUUUUCUUUGAGAACUUUUUCAUCGCUAGCUUUCCUUGUGUUUCUUUCUUUUUCUCUAUUUUUACGCUCUUUUCUUUUUGUUUAUGCUAUAUUAUAUUUCUUUAUUUCUUUUCUUUCUCUUUUUUUGCACUAUUUCGUCUUUGUCUAUAUUAUCAUGUUAUUCACUUUGCUUUUGCUCUUUCUUUUUUAAUUAUAUUAUUCUUUUUUUUAUUCUUUUUUCCUUUAUUACAUAUUCUUUUCUUUUUCUUCUUCUUUUUCUUCCUUUUUCUUUAUACUCUUUCUUUUCAGUCCAGAUUAUCUUAUAUUUCACUCUUUUUUGUUACCAUUUUUUCGCUUUUUUUUUUUUACUCUUUCUUCCUUGCUUACAUCUUAUAUAUUCCCUCUUUCUCUACAUUUCCUUCUUUUUUUUCUUUUCUUUUACUUUUUUUCUUUGUCUACAUAUUAUUAUGUUUCUCUUUUUCAUACAAUUUCAUCUUUUUGCAGUCUUUUAAUUUUUUUAAAUUUUUUUCUUUCUUUCACGGGUUAUUUUCUUCCUUUUUUCUUUUUAUGAUUCUUCUCCUCCUCCCUAAAAUCUUAUAUAUUUUCUUCUUUUUUCCUACAUUUUUCUCAUUUUGCAAUCUUUCUUUCUCCUCUUUUUUCUUCUUUCACGGGUUUUUCUUUUCCCUUUCUUUUCUAUGCUUCGUCUCCUUUCUUACAUCUAUCAGAGAACAUCUAUCUAUCUAUCUAUCUAUCUAUCUAUCUAUCUAUCACGACCAACGAGACGAAAGCUUGUAUUUGAUCAAAUCAUGCUGUGCUACCUGGCAGAAUAUGUCUGAUGUUGAAAAAUUAUUUCAUGAAGCCAGAAAUACCUCACUGACGACUGAUCUCUGA